GUUUGAUAUCUCGGUCUGAUCAAUCGCCUUCUGUUUUAGCAUCGUCCGCAGAACCGACUACUGUUGAGAGGACCUACCAGUAGUCAUGGCGUCCAAGAAAGAUAUGCGCAGGACGGAUCUCGUCAUCCCUUAUGUCGAGCCAAAAGAAGAGAAACCCGUCGAUUUUAGCUCUACAUUAUCGAGCACUAUGCCCAUGGCAGCUAUGUUUACGAGAAACAAAAUGCUCGGAUGGUUUGCGCUGCUAUCGUCCCUUUUGAACUGGCUUGGUGAAACUCCAGCUCAAAGGUCCAACAAUGCUACUCCUGGAUAUCUAUCAUUUGGCAUGGCAGUCCUCGCUGUCGCUGUGACAUACAUGCCUCUAUUCCUUCCACCACCUGCAAACGUAGCAAGGGCUUCGCAAGCACAGUUACCGGUGGCAUCGACAUGAUCAAUCGGAUCGACAUCAGAUGUAGAUGCUGUCUGGAGAAGACCAUGAGCGCAGGAUGUCGGUUCGAACGUUAGAUAGACGACGCUAGCCGUCUGUCGUGAUGUUUCAAGUAUGCAUGCUGCCAUAAUUCUUUGACGCCACCAGUGGCCACCAUGCAAGAGAAUACCGAUUUCCAUUAUCUACCUGUAUCCUUCAUUGUGAUUAACC